AUGGGGUUAUGAUCAUUAUGACAGAUAUUUUACCCGCUAACCUAAAUUUCGCUAAAGUUUAACCGAAACUGUGGUUCAUGGUUCAUUCAAGCAUUUUCAGAUAUUAGUUAAAUAAAACGAAAAUUCACAGAAAUCAUGGCAUCCAACGGAGACAAACCAAAGUCGAAUCAAUCAGCUGAUAAUAAAGAGAAAAAAAGGAAAGAAUCCAUCCUAGAUCUUUCCAAAUAUUUGGAAAAGAGUAUCCGUGUAAAAUUUGCUGGUGGUAGAGAGGCCAGUGGUGUCUUGAAAGGUUACGACCCUCUUUUGAAUUUGGUUUUGGACAAUACAUUGGAAUAUCUGCGAGAUCCUGAAGAUCCUUAUAAGUUAACCGAAGAUACUAGAAAUUUGGGGUUAGUGGUGUGCAGAGGUACAAGUGUAGUGUUGAUUUGUCCAAUGGAUGGUAUGGAAUCCAUACAGAAUCCUUUCAUUACGCAGGAUUAAUUAUUUUUUAUAUACGAAGAAAAGACAACUACCAUUAGUCAAGGACUGAACAUGGCUACUAGUAAUAUACGAAAAUAAUACGUGAUAUUCAAUCUAUAUGAGAAUUUUGUAAUUCUAUCAUGAUUUAUGGUAAUUAUGAAAGAAAUCAUUUAGGCUACAUACACUAAUAUGAAGAUCGGUAGUAUGUAUAUCAAUUCCAUCUCAUGUAAGCAAUAUUCUCCUGAUUCUUCCUUUUGUACUCAUACUAAAUAAAAAAAAGUUUUUUUUUCAUUAA